UUCAAUUAAAUUUAAUUUCAACUAAUUCGUUGCCGUCGCAAGUCGGAAAGCAAGAAGCGACUUGACAUUCCAUGCACGGCGCGUUCUACGACAAUGCGUAAGCAAAGAUUAGUGUUAGCUUUCGUACUUUUGGCGUCAGCGUUGAAGGCCGACGGAGAAGAUGUUGUUGGCGGACCGGAAGUACCGGAACUCUCGGCGGUACUAGAAUCUGCGGAUACGAGUUUGAUCCGCGGAAAAAGAGAGCCAGAAAUGUCUAGUUUUCCACGUGGGCAUGAAUAUCGUGAGAGUAGCCGAGCUCGGCAUAGACAAGAGUCAAAAAGUACCAGAAAUGGAGUGGACUCGCACGAUGAACAACUUCGUUUAUAUAAUGAAGACCUGCAACAACACGGCAGAAGUCUUGGAGAAACAUUUCAAGAAAAAGAUUUGAUAGGAUCGUUUGACGAUUACAAGACACUUACACAAAAUUCUUCAACUCCAGAUUUUUUUUCGGGGGGAGACGUUACUGCGCAAUAUUUUUCGUAUUUGAUAGACCUCGUAAAUAAAGAACAAAGAGCAAAUCCAUCCAGAGUUAUUAAAAGCGUUGACGAAAGUGAGCGUCCGGCUCAAACGGAUGAUUCGAAAUCUUUUGAAGAUUUAAAGCAUCCGCCUCCGAGUAAUCUAGAAGUAAUAAGGAAUAGCAAGAACACCAUUCAUAUACGCUGGUUGACACCAUCCAUGUAUCCGGUUCAAUAUUACCUAAGCUUGGUCAGAAUACCCGAUAACACAGACGAAUUGCUGGUGGCCAAUCCAAACAAUCGUAAAGAUGUAAGAAUACCUGCGGUGCGGACGGAGUAUGUUUUUCAGGGAUUGGAGCAGGCAGCAGAAUACAUGAUAACCGUUUUUGCAUUAUAUGCUGAUGGUGUAAAAAGCAAUACGGUGAACAUAUCUGCUCUCACAUCAAUACCACCGCCGACAUCUUUGGAAAUAUCAAAGAUAACGACAAACGGAUUUAAAGCAUCAUGGGUCCCAGCACCACGAUCAACUGGCAUUUCCGGGAUACAGCUCCAAAUUGAGGAAGUAGGAGGUGAAUACGAUGAAAUUAAACAAUUGAGACCAAAAGUCAGUUACGAAAAAAUUACAGGACUAAAAUCUGGCACAAGAUAUCGUAUAUCAUUGAAGUCGGAGAAAAAAGGAGCAUACAGUUCUGAAGUAGUCUCUCAAGUGACAACAGGGAACGAUGAGUUUGACACGGGAAAAGACUCGACCGUCGGAGUUGGAGAGACUAUACGCGAUAUUUUGGGUGAGACAUCGCCAGAUAUCAAAUAUAUUGAACAAUGCCAAAAAACGAAGAAGACCGAUUUAGUGAUCUUAAUCGAUGGAUCAUGGAGCGUAGGACCAGACAAUUUUAAGAAAAUGCAGGCCUUUCUUAUCAGUUUGGCUGAGGCAUUUACCAUUGGUUUUGAUGCAGUGUUGAUUGGUGUUGCCCAAUACUCCGAUGAUCCAAGAAUUGAAUUCACCCUCAACCAACAUCCGUCUACUGAAGAGUUGAUAGGGGCUGUAAACAGAAUGGGAUACAAAGGAGGGAAUACUGCCACCGGUCGUGCUCUGGAUUUUUUGAGGACAGUAAUGUUUUCAACAGACCAAGGAAGCAGACUGGAUGGUAGUGUAAGAAAAACAGCUGUUAUUAUUACGGAUGGAGAAUCUAUUCUGGAUGACGUAUCUGAACCAGCAAGAUUGCUGAGAGAAACUGGGGUAGAGGUGUUUUCUAUUGGCGUCGGUUCAGCCCUGAUAUCGGAACUUUCUGACAUUGCUACUGAUCCAGACAGUGAUCACAUGUUUUCAGUUCAAAACUUCGAUGACAUUAAGAGUAUUAAAGAUAAACUCCUGAAAGACGUCUGCAAAUCAAUACCGGUUUGUCCAGCUCCAAGAGCGCCGGAUCAUGGCCGAGUGAAGUGUGACAAAGAGCAGUUAACUCCGGGGACUAAGUGUACUUUUAUAUGUAACGGGCCAUUGUAUGCGUUAGAAGACGGAGAAGGUGCCGAUUUGGGACAUGCUACCAGAUCCUGUGGAGAAGACGGAACGUGGGAUCGCCCGGAGCCAAAUUGUGACCCCGCACUUUGUGAGGAUCUUCUGUCGCCAGAAAACGGUCGAUAUGACUGCUCCAGCGGUUUUCGUGUGGGAAGUUACUGUACACUCAUAUGCGAUGAAGGCUUCAAAGCUUCAGGUCAAACCAGACCUAGAUGCCGCAGAGAUACUCGAUGGACAAGUGAUGAUGCAGAAUGUAUUCAAAUCAAGUGUCCUGUCCUUUCACUCAUAUCAAAUGGAAGAUUUGAGUGCGAAAAUGGAAGUGUGUUCGGUUCUACGUGCACAUAUGCGUGUGACGAGGGUUACAAAAUGGAAGGCUUCCCUACAAUGGAAUGCACGACAACGGAAAGAUGGUCCAGACCGACGCCAUCGUGCUCAAGAAUAUCGUGCAAGCCAUUGAUGCUCAAUUCCCGCGUGACACAGCGAUGCUUGAGAGGAACAGACUAUGGCAGUGCAUGUGCGUUUGACUGCGAAGAUGGUUAUUUAUUAAGAGGUCCAUCGUCUGCAACAUGUACUGGAACAAGGUCACCUGGAAGUUGGACGCACGAGUCACCGACUUGUGAAAUUUGGGGAGAUGGAUUUGUGUUGAACUUUGAAUUGUCCUCUGACAAUGUCACUAUUUUGUUACGUGCCCAACAUUGCCCAACAACUUCUCAUGGGCAUAUAACCUGUACAAACAUACGUGACUUUGGAUCAGAAUGCAGUUUGAGCUGCGAGGAAGGAUAUGAAUUGAGAAGCGAUAGUCAUGUGACAUGUCGAUCAAAUGGACUGUGGAAAGGAAGCUUAUCCGCCUGUGGACGUAUCAUGUGCGGUGAAGUUGAAUCAAUUACUCAUGGAAGUGUUGAAUGCGGGGAUUACGAUAAUUUUAAUUCAAGAUGCGAGUACAAAUGCCAUGCCGGAUAUAAAAUGACUUCCGGGUCAAGAGUUCGUGUCUGUACAGUUGAUAAAACGUAUACCGGGAACGCCCCAACAUGUACAAUCAAAUUAUGUGAAAAACUCACCGCACCAUCUAAUGGUCGUAUCAAAUGCUCUCAUUCGAACAACUACGGAUCGGUAUGCAGAUUCUCGUGUGAACUUGGAUAUGAACUCGUAGUUACCGACCAGACUGAUCGCAUUGACGGAUUUGAAAGAUUAUGUCAAGAAGAUGAGACGUGGAGCGAAUCGGAACCCACGUGUCGAAUGAUUACUUGUGGAAUGCUAGCAUUGCCAGCAGAUGGAUCUGGCGUUUGUACAGAUGGAGGAAACUUUGGAUCGAUUUGUCAGUUUUCUUGUAAUCCUGGACAUGAUUUAAUUGGAUCUGGUGAAAGAAUAUGUCGAGAGAGUGGAAAAUGGACGGGAACUGAUACUUCAUGUUUAGUGGUUACCUGUGAGCAAAUGACACCUCUGGAGAACGGAAAAAUCACAUGCACUGCACCAGAUUCAUUGGAUGGUGGCGAAGAAUUGGCUUCACUGAGUGGAUUUCGUACUAGAUGUGAUUUUGAAUGUGAAGAAGGAUAUUACCUGACGGGAAGUCGAAAAAGAAUUUGCGGUGGAGAUAGGAGUUGGACUGGUGUGGCACCAUCCUGCGUUCGGAUCAGAUGUCCAGUACUGGCAGAACCACUUCAUGCUUCCAUGGUUUGUUCGGCAUCAAAUGAAUAUGCAUCAGAGUGCGUUGUGGAAUGCGAUACUGGAUACUAUCUAGGAAAAGGAAGUGUGACCCGAACAUGUAAAAAGAAUUCAAAAUGGGAUGGCAAAGAAGCUUCCUGCAAUGUGAAAACAUGCGACAACCUGAUCGCAAAACCUCAUACGACUAUUACAUGUACCAAUGGACGAAGAUUCGGGUCUAUUUGUACCAUAAAAGCAGAGCUUGGGUAUAGCUUGAAUGGAUCCAGUGUAAUUGAAUGCACCGACGAAGGAGCAGCUCCAACUCCAGCUGCAGAUCUGAUAACGUGCCCACCAUUAGGCACUCCCGAGAGUGGAUUGAUGACAUGCACAAAAAAAUCUGAUUUUGACUCUGUCUGCUCUUUCAUAUGCUUGGAAGGGUUUGAUCUUGUAGGACCAACAAGUCGAACUUGUAUGUUGAAUGGCGAAUGGACAGAUGACGACACUUCGUGCUUACUUGCAACUUGUCCAAAGUUGAAAAAUCCAGCUAACGGAGAGGUCGAAUGUACAAAAGGAAAUUCGUAUCAAUCGUCUUGUACUUUUACAUGUGAGGAAGGUUACGAGUUGUCCGAGAAAGUGGUAAGAACUUGCAAAGCGAAUCAUUUAUGGACUGGAAACGAAGUUACUUGUAACAGAAUAACAUGCGACGAAUUGACUUCACCAAAGAAUGGUAUUAUCACAUGCAGCAGAGACAACGAUUUUUCGUCAAAUUGUCAAUUUUCGUGUGGCGAAGGUUACAAGUUAAAGGGAUCUCGAAACAGAAUAUGUACGGGUGCUCAUACAUGGGACGGUACUGCACCAUCUUGCGAAAUGAUCAGCUGUCCUGAACUGUCCACUCCUCGGCAUGGACGCAAGAAAUGUACGGAUUCAAGCAAUUAUGCUUCAGAAUGUAGCUUUGUCUGUGAGGUUGGUCAUACAUUUUCUGGAAGUAAAGUACGGAGGUGUAUGGCAAAUCAUUCCUGGACCGGAAACGAAGUGACUUGUACAAUUGUUACUUGUGGAGAACUCGAAACGCCUACAAACGGUAGUAAACGAUGUGAGGAUGAUGACAAGUAUGAUUCGCGAUGUCGAUUUUCUUGUGAUCUUGGAUUUGACCUCAUGGGCAGCGGAGCAAGAACUUGUGAAGCAGAUGGAAAAUGGUCGGGAAAGCCAACUGCAUGCUCGCUCGUCCAAUGCGGAAAUCUAAAAUCUCCAAAGAACGGCAAAGUUGUCUGUACCGUGGAAGAUCAAUAUGAAUCUGUAUGCAAAUAUCAAUGCGAUAUUGGAUACGAUAUUACCGGAACAACAACCCGCAUAUGUCAAGGCGAUUCGACGUGGACUGGAACACAACCUAUUUGUCAAAUUGCAACUUGUGGAUCACUGAAAAAUCCACUGAACGGAGCAGUAAAAUGCACAAAAGGCGACAAGUAUUUAUCAGUAUGCGACUACACCUGUGACUUAGGAUACACUUUAAUUGAAGGCGACGCAAAACGUACGUGCACCAAGGAUCAUGCAUGGACCGGAACUCAGCCAUAUUGCGAAAUGAUCUCCUGCGACCCCCUACAUGUGCCAGAACAUGCAAUUGUAGACUGUUCACACGCAACCUCCUUCAGAUCGGAAUGUCGUUUGAUACCCAAGCCAGGUUAUACUUUGAACGGACCCGAGUUUAUUCAAUGCACGUCCGAAGGGGAAUGGAGUUCAGCACCCGGCGCUUUGACAAUUAUAUCAUGUGACCCAUUGGAAGCACCAUCGAAUGGGAAAAUAAUAUGCACAGGAGGAUUCGAUUUCCAAUCAACAUGCACUUUCUCUUGUGGCGUUGGAUAUGAAAUGCAAGGAUCGUCGAGUAGAACUUGUCAGGAAAAUCAGGAAUGGACUGGAGAGGCAACUAUAUGUCAACUAAUCGAAUGUCCAACAAUUGUUUCACCGCGCGAUGGUCAAGUGAAAUGUUCCAAAGGUUCUGAGUUCGAUUCCAGUUGUCGAUACAAAUGCGAUGAAGGUUUUGAACUGGCAGGAAACGAAGCAACGACUUGCCAAUUAUCUAGAACGUGGACGAAUGACGCCCCGAUGUGCAUUAGGAUUACAUGCGGACCUAUUCCAAUGCCUCAGAACGGUUUCAUGACAUGUACUGAUGGUGAUCGAUAUAAUUCUGUAUGCACGGCGGAAUGUACGGAAGGAUAUAAGAAAUAUGGUUCAAAGACUAGAACCUGCCUCGACACUCAUACAUGGAGUGGAAUUGCACCCAGUUGUUCACUUAUUAGAUGCGGAGCACAGGAAUCACCAAUGCACGGCAGUGUUUCAUGCUCAGCAGGAGACGCGUAUUCUUCGACUUGCACAUUCACAUGCAAUACUGGAUACCGACUACUAGGAGACAAGGCGGCAACUUGUGAAAAGGCGGGGCUUUGGAAAGGCACUACCCCAGUUUGUGAACUGAUUACAUGCCAGGAACUGUUAAGUCCUGAUAACGGAGAAAUUAGAUGUACGUCCGGAAACGAAUAUAACUCGUUAUGCAGAGUGAUAUGUAUGACCGGUUACAGGCAGCUUGGUACGAGAUCUCGUGUAUGUCAAGAAGACGGAACAUUUUCUGGUGUUCCUGCAUCAUGUAGACUGACAACUUGCUCUAGUCUCAAAAAUCUUGAUCACGGUGAGAUAUUCUGCAAUGACGAACAAAACUACGAUAGCGAAUGUACUUACGUAUGCGACGAAGGUUAUUACUUGAUUGGACCAUCAACCAGGAAAUGUCUGGCUUCCAGUCACUGGUCCGACACUAAGCCUCAUUGUGAAAGAAUCAAAUGUAGAACACUUCGAACGCCUCUCAAUUCAAAACUUGAAUGUACCGAAGGAAACGAGGCAUCAAGUACGUGUAACGUGGCAUGUGAUUCAUGCCACCGUUUACUCGGGUCGCCAGAAAGAACGUGCCGAGAAGACGGUUCAUGGACUGGAGAGGAGGCAGCAUGUAUUAUGUCUCAAUGUUCACCUCUGCGAUCUCCUCUACACGGCUCGAAAGAUUGCGGAGCAUUGCAAGAUGAGUGUGGAAACACAUGUAAAUUCUCUUGUAAGGAAGGAUUCAAAUUACUUGGCUCGGAAAAUAGAACUUGCCAGGAGAAUAGACAAUGGACUGGAGUCAUUGCUGAAUGCAUUCGAGAUGAAUGUCCGCAUCUUUUAUCUUUGGACGACGAUGUAAUAAUGAACUGUACAGAUGGGAAUAGAAUUGGAAGUAAUUGCUCUUUUGCUUGUACUGCAAAUGAUUCAAACCUAGUGGGGUCGUCACAUAGAGUGUGCCUGAAAGAAGGAGUAUGGAGCAACACAAAUCCAGUAUGCAGAGCAUGCAAGACAGCAGUGAGCGACAUCAUGUUUAUAGUAGACGGCAGUUGGUCAGUUGGAACUGAAAACUUCAGAAAAACAAAAGAUUUCUUGAAAGCUUUGGUUCAACCUUUCCAAGUCGGGUGGGACAAUACUCGGUUUGCUAUUGUACAAUACUCCGAUGAUGCCCGUGCAGAAUUCUUACUCACUGACCAUCUAACCGUCAACGAAGUGAUGUCAGCUAUCGACGCCAUGCCUUACAAAGGUGGAAAUACGAAUACCGGUCGUGCGAUAUCGUUUUCAUUGUACAAAGCAUUGUCUCUGUCGUCUGGUGCUCGACCAUUCAUCAGUAAAACUGCUUUGAUACUGACUGAUGGAAGAAGUCAAGACGAUGUUGGCAAUCCUGCUCGGGAAAUGAGGAAUGCCGGAAUAAGGGUUGUUGCAGUCGGUGUUGGAGACGCAGAUGUCAACGAGUUAAAAUUAAUGGCAUCACCACCUCAUGAUUCAACCGUGUAUCAUGUUAAAAACUACGAUUCCAUCAAACAAAUUCAAACUUUGCUUGCAGCAAAAUUAUGCGAGGGAGAACAACCAAGGCACGGAGGAAUCUGCGACUGCCCUGCCGGACCUCCAGGACCACCUGGUGAACCUGGAUUGCCUGGAAAGCAGGGAACUCCUGGGAUUUCAAUCAAAGGUGACACCGGAGCGCCAUUCAGCAUCGUCCAUGUGAAUUAUGAAGAUCAAAUAAUUCAAGCCAGAAGCGCAGAUGGAUCUGUAUUCGAUUUGGAGCUUCCUGAGGGACUUAGACCAUUAACGAAUGGUGACAGAUCGAAGGUUUUCUUCCCGUUACGUGGCGAACCAGGACUCCCGGGUGUACCGGGUGUGGAUGGAUUACCAGGCAACAAAGGGACGGCAGGAAGAGCCGGACAACCUGGCAGAUCGGGUAUGCCAGGUCUGCCUGGACCUCAAGGACCUCCGGGGCGGGAUGGACACGACGGAUCAGCAGGACCUCCAGGACCACGCGGCGAAAAAGGAAAUACCGCUGUAUCACAGACGAUAACACCUGAAGACAAGGCCGAAUUAUUAUUGAGAGCAAAACAACAGUCAAUACAAAUUACGCAAGAGCAAAUGAGAAGAGCUUUGGUGGAUCUUGACAGAGAUCGGAGGUUUGCAACAAGAGCGGCAUACAGGAGUUCACACACACCAGAAGUACAAAUUGGACCUCCUGGUCCACCCGGCCCUCCGGGACCUCAGGGAUUCGAAGGGCAAAUUGGACCUCGCGGAGCUCAGGGACCACAAGGAUUACCAGGAAGCAAAGGAUCCAAAGGUGACCUAGGUGAUAGAGGACCAAGAGGAACACCAGGAAUCGGUGUAACGGGGCCAAUUGGUCCACCAGGCAUACCAGGAAAGCCGGGACGUGGUAAGCCAGGUAAAACUGGGAAAAGAGGACCUCGCGGGCCGAGGGGACAACCGGGAUUGAGAUCGGAAAAGAAGAAAAAACCUAAAACACCAACUGAGAAACUCGACAUUAACCGACAUUGAAACAAUCCUGAUUCGUUUAUAAAAGCACAAGCCUAUUUCCAACUUUUGCAUUGCGACCAAGAAGGUUACGGCCUCGUAACUGUUUGUAACAGAAGAAGAUGCGAAGAACAAGAUGUAAAAAACAUUCUAGGAUUCUCCACAAAUAUGUUUUGAUUUACUGUAAAACGUCAGUAGUUGUACUGCGUGUUUUGAGAGUGUUGAACCAGGAAUUCCCUUGAAACAAACAUAAAUAUGUCUUCGUAAUUUGGGAAGUCUCUGCUAGGAAAUUUUGUUAUCAGCUUUCGUUUAUCAGUAUUACUGUUUUGUACGCUAACGAUGACUGCUUUAUGUUUACGUAUACACUUUUAAGCCUUACAAGCAAAAGCACACUACAUAAUCUACAGCUCCAGAGCGAGAAGGCCAUAGCCAUUUGGUCAUGCUAUCAUUCAAUUUCAUUAUUAUUUAAUUAAUACGUUUGGAACUGAAGGGAAAUAAGUUUCUAGGAGAAGUGAACACUGAUACUUCAAUUUUAAUUGUUUGUUCUCCCGUCACUACAAAGUGUCAAAUGAUAAUAACAAUCUGUUAAAAUCGAAAUUAUUCACAGCGUUUUAAAUUAUUUUCUACAUCAACAUAGAAAUGGAGAGAAUUUCUCAGAUGCGUAUAGUUUCGAACAGUGAUUGCUAUUGUAGUUAAUAUUAAAAUGUUUUUAUGUCAACUUUGAAAAUGUAUAUCAGGCUGCCAAACUAUAUUGCCAGACAAUCACUCUUGCUUUUCAUAACCUUGAACUAAAUAAUGGAGUUGCCAAAUAUCUGUGUGCUCAUUUUUUGAUUUUUUUUUACAUUUUUGUUAAAUACAUGUAAUAAUUUCAAUAUUUCAGUGUUGCUGGGUACAAUUUGUUUGUUAGUUGUCGGUGCGAGGGCCUAGCUCUCGGGGUCACGCUUCGGCUGGUCCAGUUGAGACUCUGUGAUGAAAACCUACUCUCGGUCCUUGGCUAUGCUAAACCAGUAAUAGAUCGGAAAACGUGGAUGGCGACGAGAUUAUAUAUAAUGCAAAACUUGAUUUGUUCCCAUAUUUUCUUAUACAAAAUACUGUUUUAUCUUCCUGGCCCCUUAUUUUUACUUUUUAUAAGGAAAAGGAAUUUUUAUGUCACACUUUUAGUUCGAUGCAAAUAUGGUGACCAAUUAAAAUACAACACACAAAAUGAAAAUUAUCUGUAAAUAGUUAGUAUUCAGACUGGUUCAACGGACUUUUGUAGCAAUAAAGUGUAUUUAUUUAUGCAAAGUCAUAAACUAAUAACUUGAAUUUCCAAAAUUCCCCAAAAAAUUAUUAUCGUUUUUGAUACAUAUGAGUGAAAUUGAGAACCUUGGGCCAGAAUGCGUGUUUCGAAGAAAAAUAUCUCGGGUAUAAACUGCAUAACUUUUUUUCUUUCCCGAUCUGCAAUUAAUUACAUAAGCUAUAGGCCAAAGGGAGAAGGUUCGGACACUAUCAAAACAAGUUGUUGUCUAUCACAACAUUUUUUGCAUCCAUGACAGCUGUGCCUCAUAAAAUUUUCCUUCAUUUUUAAAUGAUAUUUUAAAUUCACUGGAAUCAUCGUAAAUA